CCCGCCAUGCCACCCUACCUGCUCAUGUCCUUCAGGCCUCUGACCUAUGCCCUGGCCUCCUCCUGGCGGCGGGUAAGCCGCAACCUACAUGUGGCACCCACUGCCCCGCCGGACCAAAACGCCCUGGUAUUCACUCGUGCCCUGGCCUUCAAGGACAGGCUGGCCUUGGUGGACUGGCAAGGCCCACACACCUACAGGCAGCUGUACUGCCGCAGCCGGCGCCUGGCACAGGAGAUGUGUGCGCGGCUCCGGUGUGCAGGCGGGGACCUGGGUGAGGAGAGGGUGUCAUUCCUGUGUGCCAACGAUGCCUCAUACGUGGUGGCUCAGUGGGCGUCGUGGAUGAGCGGGGCGGUGGCCGUGCCCCUUUUCAGGAAGCACCCUCUGGCUGAGAUCGAGUACUUUGUGCGCGACUCCCGAAGCGCGCUGCUCCUUGCAGGCCCCGAGUUCCAUCAGCUACUCGGCCCCCUGGCCCAGAAGCUGGGCAUCCCGCUCCUGCCUCUCUCAUCCGAGGCAAAGCCAGAUGAGAAGGACGAUGACGAUGAAGAGAAGGUGCCUGAGCGGGACUGGCAGGACCGGGGCGCCAUGAUCAUCUAUACCAGUGGGACCACGGGGAGGCCUAAGGGUGUCCUGAGCACCCACCGCAACAUCAGGGCGGUGGUGACGGGGCUGGUGCGUUCAUGGGCGUGGAGCAAGGACGACGUGAUUCUGCAUGUGCUCCCACUGCACCAUGUCCAUGGCGUGGUCAACAAGCUGCUCUGCCCACUCUGGGUGGGUGCCACCUGCGUAAUGCUCCCUGAUUUCAAUGCUCAGCAGGUCUGGGACAAGUUCCUGAGCUCCGAAAGCCCCCGUGUGAACGUAUUCAUGGCCGUACCCACCAUCUACGCCAAGCUGAUGGACUAUUAUGACCAGCAUUUCACCCAGCCACAUGUCCAGGACUUCGUGCGGGCUGUCUGCGAAGAGAAGAUCCGGUUGAUGGUGUCAGGCUCGGCGGCUCUGCCUGUGCCCAUGUUGGAGAGGUGGCAGCGCAUUACAGGCCACACACUGCUGGAGCGCUAUGGUAUGACAGAGAUCGGCAUGGCCCUGUCCAACCCCCUGCAUGGGACCCGCCUGCCAGGCUCAGUAGGCACCCCACUGCCUGGUGUCCAGGUCCGCAUCGUCUCUGAGAGCCCCCAGCAGGAUGGCUGCCAGUACGUGCUGCAUGCUGAGGGGGACGAAGGGGGCACCCAGGUGCUGCCUGGCUUCGAAGAGAAGGACGGAGAGCUCCUGGUGCGGAGCCCGUCUGUGUUCCGUGAGUACUGGGACAGACCCGAGGAGACACGCCGUGCCUUCACCCCCGACGGCUGGUUCAAGACAGGAGACACCGCAGUGUUCAAGGAUGGGGCCUACUGGAUCCGGGGCCGCACAUCUGUGGACAUCAUCAAGAGUGGCGGCUACAAGAUCAGCGCCCUGGAAGUGGAGCGCGUCCUGCUGGGACACCCCAGCAUCACCGAUGUGGCUGUGAUUGGUGUCCCUGACAUCACCUGGGGCCAGCGGGUGACAGCAGUGGUCACCCUGAAGGAUGGACACUCCCUGUCCCACCAGGAGCUCAAGGCAUGGGCACGGGAAAGGCUUGCCCCCUAUGCUGUCCCCUCGGAGCUGCUGCUGGUUGGGGAGCUGCCACGGAACCAGAUGGGGAAGGUGAACAAGCAAGACCUGCUGCGACACUUCUACCCUGAGCAGGGCACCAGCCCAUGAGAGAGGAUGGGACAGCUGACCAGA